CCCCCCGGUGCUGCGGGACAAGAUGGCGGCGGGCGGCGCGGGCGCGGGGCGGGCGGCGGUGCGGCAGGAGGAGCUGCGGCGGCUGAUGCGGGAGAAGCAGCGGCAGAACGCGGACAAGAAGCGCAUCGAGUCGCCCUUCGCCAGGUACAACAGCCUGGGGCACCUCAGCUGCGCCCUCUGCAACGCGCCCGUGAAGGGCGAGCUGCUGUGGCAGACACACGUCCUGGGCAGGCAGCACCGCGAGAGAGUUGCGGAAUUAAAAGGCACAAAGCAGACAGCAACCGGUCCAGCUGCUAGCACAUCGUCUCAGCCUGUCAAGAGAAAAACUGUUGACACAGAAAAUACAGAGUUAAAGAGAGCGAAAGGUACAGAAGACAAGCCACAUACAUCUACAUCUGGGCUACCAGCAGAUUUUUUUGAUGAAACAGAGCAAAACAGUGCAAGCAAACAGAUUUCAAAGGGUCCCGGUCCCAGUUUAUUGUCAGGAAAUUAUGAUGAUGAUGACGACGACGACGACGAUGAUGAUGAUGAAGAGGAACAAGAUCAAUCGAACAAAUCUUCCGUUACACACAAAACUGAAAUUCCACCUCCAACUCCAGAAGCAAUACCUAAUUCUCUACCUACAGACUUCUUUGACAGCAAAACUACAGCUGCUCCUGUAGUUUCCCAUUCAGGAUCCAUACAGAAAGCAGAGAUACAGGAGAAGAUAAUAGAGAGGAAAGAAAACACUGCUGAGGCUUUGCCAGAAGGGUUCUUUGAUGAUCCUGAGGUGGAUGCAAAAGUGCGAAAAGUUGAUGCUCCAAAGGAUCAGAUGGACAAAGAAUGGGAUGAAUUUCAAAAGGCAAUACGACAGGUCAACACGAUUUCAGAAGCAAUAGUGGCAGAAGAGGAUGAGGAAGGACGACUAGAUCGGGAGAUUGGAGAAAUUGAUGAGCAGAUUGAAUGUUAUCGCCGUGUUGAGCUUUUGCGUAACCGCCAGGAUAUGAUGAAAGAGAAAUUUAAAGAAGCCAUGAUAUUAAGAGCAACACAAGAGAAAGAAGAUGAGGCUAUUGGUAGCGAAGAUGAAGAAGAAUUGCAAGAUUUGCUGUCUCAAGACUGGCGGGUGAAAGGGGCUUUGUUGUAGCGUUUUUGUAACGUGGCUGAUACUCUCUUUAUCAUGAUGUUACUUCCAUUAUUAGAAGUGAAAUGUUUUCGUUAAAUAUUUAUUUAAAGAGGAUCGUGAGAGGGUAAAGAGCCAAGUGUGUUUAAAAAACAAACCUUUGUAGGUCUACAAUGGUGUAUUACUUGCUGUAAAAAUUGUAUAUUGCAAAUGUUUUACAAUUUUGAAUGUACUUUUAUUAAAAAUACUGAUUUCCUACCAGAGGUAUUUUAAUGGGAUUAAUUAGUUAACUGAGGAAUCUCUAAGCUUUUGGUAACAUUAGUUAUAUCUAGUAAUUUGGAGACUUGGGUUAUUGUGUAUAGAAGUAAAGGACUAGGAAGUGUUAGUUUACAGAGUUUUCCUACAUGGGAUGGGUAGCAAAACGAAAAUCUUACGCCUUUAUGUUAUCUUAAAAGUUUAUCAGCUCUUUCCUCCACUCCCCCGCUCCCCCAAUAAAACAUGUAGUUUUUUCAGGAA